AUGAGUCGGCGCCCGAUCAGACGUUUUUCUGUCAGAGAGGCUCUUGACCUUUUGUUUCAAACUGAUGAAGACGGGAUUGUAGUUGAACCAGAAAUAGAGGAGGAUGUUUCAGAAAUAGAAGACAACGAUCCUGAUUUUGAUCCAGACCAUCAUGAGACUGAACAGUCAACAGAUGGCGAGGAAGAGGACCCUGAGGAAGAGGCACCUGGGGAAGAGGCACCUGGGGAAGAGGCCCCUGUGGAAGACACACCUGAGGUGACAUUCCAGUCCAAGGAUGGCAACUUGCUCUGGUAUUCAUCCCCCCAGGACAGAGGAGGCAGAGCAAAAGGGGAAAAUAUCAUUAGGAUGUCACCAGGGCCAACACGGUAUGCAACAUCUCGUGUGGAUGACAUCAAGUCCAGCUUCCAACUCUUUUUACCAGAGUCCAUUGUGGAAAUUAUACUGGCGAUGACAAACCUGGAAGGGGGGCGUGUGUUUGCGGACACAUGGAAGGCCUUGGACCAGGUAGACCUCCAAGCCUACAUGGGUCUGUUGAUUCUAGCAGGAGUACAUCGGUCCAACAAUGAGGCUACAAAAAGUCUGUGGGAUGCAGAGUCAGGGAGGCCUAUAUUCCGGUCAACUAUGUCCCUGCAACAGUUUCAUGUCCUCUCAAGAAUUAUCAGAUUUGAUGACAGAGCUACACGACCUUUCCGCUGGCGAGACGACAAACUGGCUGCCAUCAGGAACGUUUGGGACAGGUGGGUGGAGCGCCUACCACUGAUGUACAAUCCAGGCCCUGAGGUGACAGUGGACGAGCGCCUGGUCCCUUUCAGAGGUCGCUGUCCAUUCAAACAGUACAUCCCAAGCAAACCAGGCAAGUAUGGGAUCAAGAUCUGGGCAGCAUGUGAUGCCAGGAGCAGCUACGCCUGGAAUAUGCAGUUUUACACAGGGAAACCUGUUACUGGAAGGCCAGAAAAAAACCAAGGCAUGCGUGUUGUGUUGGACAUGACAGCCGGUCUCAAGGGGCAUAACAUCACAUGUGAUAACUUUUUCACAUCACAUGGGCUUGGUCAGGAGCUGCUGAAAAGAAAGCUCACCAUGGUGGGGACAGUGAGGAAGAACAAGCCUCAACUUCCCCCUGCACUGGUGUCGACCAGAGGGAGAGAGGCACUCUCAUCCAAAUUUGCUUUCACUGACACACACAGUCUUGUGUCAUAUUUGCCCAAGAAAAAUAAAAAUGUCAUCCUGAUGAGCACUCUACACAAAGACGCCUCUGUCAGCGAAGCAGAGCACAGGAAGCCCCAGAUCAUCCUGGACUACAACAGAAACAAAGGAGGCGUUGAUUGCCUUGAUAAGCUUACUGGUACAUACACCUGCAAGCGAAUGACAGCUCGUUGGCCUGUGGCUGUGUUUCACAACAUCCUCGAUGUGUCUGCAUGUAAUGCAUAUGUGGUGUGGACAGCGAUCGACCCAGCCUGGAAUCAGGGGAAAUGUUUCAAGAGGAGACUCUUCCUAGCAGAGCUUGGGAAAGCUUUAGUGACUCCUCUAAUUCAACGGCGCCAGCACCUUCCCCGCACACCAGCCUCUUGCAGUCUGGUGAGGAGUCUGCAAGCCCCAGCCACUGCCCUGGCCACUCUCCCCCCAAAACAGGGGCAGAAACGGAAGAGAUGCAAGCUAUGUGCCCCUAGAGACAAUAAGACAAGUCUUACAUGUUUCAAAUGUGAUGCCUACGUUUGCAAGGCACACUGUGACCUGAUUGCAAAAUGCCACUCCUGUGUCUGA